GUUUGAAAGUAUUGUUUGGCACACCGGUUUAUUUGACCUUCAAUUUAUUUAACUUUUCAUGCGGGGGCUUUAUUUUUUAGUUUUCAGUAAUAUCACAAACUUACAAAACAGACGCUCACUUUCACUUUUCAUUUGAGAAUGUCCUGUGUGCGUGCGUGUGCCCGCGCUGUGCGUGCGUAUGUCCGCGUGCGUGCGCGCCCGCGUGAGAUUUGCACAGUCAUGGCGCUGGAAUCUCUCCUCGCCUUAUUUUGAUAACUACUCCUGUGUCGGACCUUUUCUUCCUCUUCAAUGGAAGGCGCCUCUACUCCCACAGGACACUUUUAAAUAUUUCCUCUUCAUCUGUGUUGUAAACACACUCGGGAAAACCCUGAAAAGACAUUUACGUCCUCUUCAAUACGAGACUUUUGGGACUUUUUCGUCGUCGGUAGUGGCGAGCAGAUAUUCGAAGGGAGGUUGAUUGAGGAUCACCACGGCAAAAAGAAGAUUCCAAAUCAGUCUCGUGAGUGGCCACGAAUCAACUACCGAUGCAUCUGAUUGGAUCCGAUGGUGGACGACCUGUAGAUUGACCGCUGGGUCAGGAUUUCCUACCGUCAGCCAUGCUGGAGCGAUAAAAUGGAGUCGCACAUGGUAUCAAUGGAUUUCAACUCUGGCGUUGAUGGGAGGCAACUUUUGGACAUCAGUGAAUUGAAGACACAAAGACAUACGGGCUAAAUUCAGUCAACUGCAAUCCCGCCAUGCAUUGCCCGUUGAGGAAGAAGCCGCCGACGCGCGGCUCGGACUUCUCCGCCAUCGCCGUGCCCUCUAUGCACGGCUCGGGCUAUCUGGACUACACGGUGGAGAGUCACGCCUCCAAGUCACUGGAGAUCAUGGACGAGUUCAGGAGGCAGGAGAUGCUGUGCGACUUGGUGCUGCGCGUCACCAACAAGGACAAGACCAUCGACUUUAAGGUGCACAAGCUGGUGCUGGCCUCCUGCAGCCCGUACUUCCGGGCCAUGUUCACCAGCAGCUUCAAAGAGUGCCAAGCCUCCGAGGUCACCCUGCGCGACGUCUGCCCCCAAGUGCUGGGGAGGCUCAUUGACUUUGCAUACACGUCGCAUAUCAUCGUGGGCGAGAAGUGCGUACUGCACGUACUCUUGGCCGCCAUGAGGUUCCAGAUGGAGGACGUGGCGAAGGCGUGCUGCGACUUUCUCACCAAGCAUCUGGAAUCGUCCAACGUCAUCGGCAUCACUCGCUUCGCCGAGGAGCUGGGAUGCGCCGACUUGUACCAGCGCGGCCGCGAGUACAUCAACACGCACUUCAGUGAGGUGACGAAAGAAGACGAAUUCUUCAAUCUGUCUCACUGCCAGCUGCUGGAACUCAUAAGUCAGGACAGCAUCAAGGUGCUCUGUGAGUCCGAGGUGUACAAAGCGUGUACGGACUGGGUGCGGUGGGACAUGGAGAAUCGAGCCCAGUAUCUCCACGCGCUCCUCAACGCUGUGCACAUCUACGCCCUUCCACCAAAGUUCCUCAAAAACCAACUUCUGUCCUGCCCCAUUCUCAGCAAGGCGAACGCUUGCAAGGACUUCCUGUCGAAAAUCUUCCAGGAAAUGACAUUGAGGAUGGUUCCUCCGGCACCCAUACGUGGAACGCAACUCAUCUACGUGGCCGGCGGAUACCGGCAGCAUUCCCUGGCCACCAUGGAGGCGUUCGACCCCGUCCGCAAAGUUUGGCUCAAACUGGCCGACAUGGCGGCUCCCAGCAGCGGCUUGGGGGCGUGCACCCUCUUCGGCUUGCUCUACACGGUGGGCGGCAGGAAUCUGUCGCUGGAAAGUAUGACCGAGUCCAGCGCCUUGUGCUGCUACAACCCCAUGACCAACCAGUGGAGCCAACGCGCGGCGCUCAACACGCCGCGGAACCGGGUGGGGGUGGGCGUGGUGGAUGGCUGCAUCUACGCCGUGGGGGGCUCGCAGGGCGGCACGCUGCACAACACUGUGGAGCGGUGGGACCCGGAGACCAAUCGUUGGUCCUACGUGUCCCCAAUGCCGGUGGCCCGCCUAGGGGCCGGAGUGGCGGCCUACGGAGGAGCGCUCUACGUGGUGGGCGGCCUGGUCGGGCAGAGCCGAUCCAACGCGGUUGAGAAAUACCAGCCCGACAGCAACAGCUGGCAGCAGCUAGCGCCCAUGAGCAUCGCGCGCAGCGGACUUGGCCUGGUGUGCGUCAACGCUCACCUGUACGCCAUUGGCGGCUACGACGGUCGCGACCAGCUGGCCGUGGUAGAGCGCUACAACAUUUCCCGAAACACGUGGGAGCCCCGGGCGUCCAUGCAGUGCUGCCGGAGCACGCACGGCGUGGCCGUGCACCAGGGGCGCAUCUUUGUGCUCGGAGGCUUCAACCAGCACGACUUUGUGUCCAGCGUGGAGUGCUACUGCCCGGAGAACAACGAGUGGACGUACGUGAGCGACAUGACGCUGGGGCGGAGCGGCAUGGGCGUGGCCGUCACCAUGGAGCCCUGUCCCGCCAGCCUGCCCCCGGAGGAGGACGAUGAUGACGGCGACGAACACUGACGUUUUCGCAAGUGGACGCUACUGUGGAUUGCUGCAGGUGGACUUUUUUUUUUUUUUACCAAGGUGCUACAACAACAACGACAGUGGUAUUUUGAGACACAACGUUACUUUUCUUAAAUUAUCCUCGCCCACUGAAAUGUAUUGAUUCUAGCCUAAAAAAAAAAGUGUAAGAUCCCCAUCAUGGUCCGAAGUGCACUCGUAUCAUGAGAUUGCACUUGUGAUCUGUAAUUGUAUGAUUUAAUUCGAUGUUUUCAUUCCUCACAGUGAGUUUCUGCCAAGAUGCUUCCAUGUUUACUUCCUAGUCACCUGACUAGAUUUUUAUUAUGUGAAAAUCAAUAAAAUAAAUAGCACGAAGAA